AUGGAGGAGUGUGCUUGCCUCUGCGGUGCGGGCUCUUUAUGGGGUUGUAAGUGUCAUCAGAAGCACCAGAGCCCAGCUGAGACCGCAGCAGCCGAUGGCAAGCAGGCCCCUGCAGAAAAGCAAGUCAAGGCAGACGCUGCAGCUCGGUGCUGUGCGGGGAGUGGAGGAAUCGCGAGCCCCAUGCCGCCCCCGCCCCCGCCGCCCCCGCACUGCUCCCUGCAGGACUUUCCGGUGGAGAUGCUGGUGGAGAUCUUCGCCUCACUUCCCGGCAGCGACCUGCCCAGCCUGUCCCAGGUCUGCACCAAAUUCCACCACAUCCUGCACACUGACAGCAUCUGGAGACGGCGCUGCCGCGAGGAGUUUGGCAUUCGUGAAAACUUGCAGAACCUAGAGAUGAUCGGUAUGUCUUAUCGAGAAGUCUAUGCGAAGCUGUUCCCAUACAGACACAUUUUGGGGUUGUGGCAGCUAAAUUACAGCGUGAGAAUACUGCUGAAUGUCGUGGUGGACGGCAAAUGCAUUACUGGUUGGCCGUACAGGCCUUCCCUCAACACCCCUGUGCGGGGCCCAAUGCCUAUCAAGCCCUCGUUCCGAAUCCGCCUGACGGAGAGGAACUCAGCCGCGCUGGAGUGCAUGGCCGGCCUCCUCGGCAGGCCCCACAGCGGCCACAUGCAGAUCCAGGGGGACAGGCUCACCAUCCAGUGCAAGAGGACCGACCACCGAACGGGUUCACCAACGCGGCUUCGGGGAGAACGGGGGCGGGGGCGGGUGCAGGAGGACGGACAGCGGUAUGACUGCCUGACCUACCGCCGCCUCUACCUCCCGCCUCGCCGCCCGGACGACCCCAUCAGGCCCGGCCUCUUCCAAUACUACUAUGAUACCUUCAGCCUAAAGACUGCCAUGCUCAGCUUCCAUGGGAAGUAUGCCAGGGCCACCAAUACCACGGGAGACUCCAGCGGGAUGUUAGAGAUCCACCUCAGGCGCCACAUCCAGCUGCCUGAUGGCGAGUUCUUCCGCAACUUCAACGAGCUCUCCUGCGUGGUCCGGGAGAUUGACGAGCAGGUGAUCCGGGAGCAGCAGCAAGAAGAUCGGACUGAGGAAAGCCAGGGCCAUGGCUGGCAGAGCCCUGCCCAGCCCAGCGUAGGGGAGUCCAGGGCUGCAGCUUCGGAGGAGCAGCCUGUCCGGUUUGUGCUGCCUGUGGGCGUGCGCUCAAGUGACCAGAACUACCCCCGGACCUGCAGGAUGUGUUUCUAUGGCGUGGACACUGUUACUGUUGGCUUACGUGGCUUCUCCUAUACCAGGCGCUUACCUGGAGUCUUCAUCCUGUUCGAUGAGAACCACGUCGGGUUCAUCUGGCUGGAGGGGAAAUACUUCUUCCUGUUCGGCAGAGUCCAGAACACCUUCCAGAAUAGGCUUACAAUAGCAAUGGGACGUGAUAUUGGAUACUGGAGUGAAAUCACUUGCAUCUGUACUCAACAGACUUCAAUGUGUGCUGUUGGAAUUAGAGAAGAUCAGUUUUCUUCACAGCCUCUAUUUCUGAACGAGGGAGGUUGGAACUGA